GGAGAAGGAAAAACAACAUACACGCACAGCGCCGCUGACAGCAUGGCAGCUAAGUUUCUGUGGAGAAAACCUUCAUCUUUUGCAGCUCUGAGGAGUUUUUUGCAAACGGCUCGGAUCCAUGGCUCAUCAGUGCUUGUCCAGCAGGAUGGUUCUCUUCCUCAGGCGAGGUUCUUCAGGCCGACUGAAGGUGUGAUGCUCCCGCCUGGAAGUUUCCACAACAAAGUGGCUUUCAUCACAGGGGGUGGGACUGGCUUAGGCCGUGCCAUGACGAGCACCUUGUCCAGCAUGGGAGCAGAGUGCGUCAUCGCUAGCAGGAAGUUGGAGGUUCUGCAGCAAACAGCAGAAGAGAUCAGCAGCCAGACUGGAAACAAGGUCCAUGUGGUGCAGUGUGAUGUCAGAGAUCCUUUGGCAGUAUCACAUUGUGUCGACCAGAUGGAGGCGCUGACUGGACUCCCUGAUGUGAUCAUCAACAACGCAGCAGGAAACUUCAUCUGUCCGUCUGAGCGUCUGUCUGCAAACGGCUGGAGGAGCGUCACCGACAUCGUCCUCAACGGGACGGCGUUUGUAACUUUGGAGCUCGGAAAAAGACUCAUCCAGAGCCGGAGAGGUGCGGCGUUCCUUGCCAUCACCACCAUCUAUGCUGAAUCCGGUUCUGGUUUCGUUGUUCCAAGUGCAGCAGCUAAAGCUGGUGUUGAAGCACUCUACAAGUCUCUGGCAGCAGAAUGGGGGCACUAUGGCCUUAGGUUUAACAUCAUCCAGCCUGGACCAAUCAGAACCAAGGGGGCGUUCAGCCGUCUGGACCCCACAGGCACCUUCUGGAAAACAAUGAUUGGUCGGAUCCCAGUUGGUCGUCUUGGAAAACCAGCAGAAAUCGCAAACCUAGCAGCAUAUGUGAGCAGCGAGUUUGCCAGCUGGAUGUCUGGAGCGGUGAUUCGCUUCGACGGAGGAGAGUACGUGUCAAUGGCCGGAGAAUUCAACCAUCUGCGGCAGGUAACGGCGGAGCAGUGGAAGGUGAUGGAAGCCAUGAUUCGAAGCACUAAAGGCUCUUAAAGUCUUCAGAUGGGACCCGCCCACUUCCUGUCACCUGUCCUUGCCAUCAGAUUAUGUGAU